AUGGACAAACCCAGUUCCAGCGAUGCCGCCGCCGUGCUAGCGACAGUAAAAGAGAGCAUUGCAGCUCGUCCCGCCGCAAAGAGAGGCGAACUACACCCCGUUGAGCUUCAGUGGACAUCUCUAGGUCGCAUCCUACGCGAUCAAAAGAAAAUGAUCGGUGAGGAUGAAGAAAAUGAAGAAGAGUAA